AUUUGGAACUGAAGGAAAACACAGUAUCCAUCCACAGGACACUGGGGGAGAAGGCUUCGCAGCCAGCUGAGCCUUUUCCGACAUUCCACGCUGGCAUUCAUCCCACCCUUGCAGCUCUGCCAGCCCCGGCCACCGCUGCAAGCCUCGGGCAGGUGGAGAUGCUUUACUUCAUUCAAAUGUCAACGCUACCGACACAGCUGGGUUGGGUCAGCUCCCGACGAAGUGCUGUGCCGCAGCUUACGACUUGUUCAGCUAAAAGAAGGAAAGGUGAAAUUGAGGCUCGUCCUUGGCCCUGCCCUCUUGACAAAGCCCUCUGGCUUCCCCAGCGUGCAGGGAGAGGGUGGAGACUCCCCGGGGUGACGGAGCGCGGGGAUCCCAACUCACAGCUCCCAGCUGUUCUGCAGCAGAUGUGAUGACACGGGUGGGACUGCCCUGCUGUGCAAGCUGAGCAAGCCGUCGGGGCUGCGCUCCUACACACCACGCUCGUCUCUUCCCUGGAUCCUGUGUCCCUUCCACCGCUUCUGCCGCCUCCUCAGUAGCCCUGCAGCACUGACCCAGACCUGCUGCUGAGGAAGGAUGGCAGAAGACCAGCCACACCUGUGCAUUCAGAUGUCAGACUCGAAUACAAAUGGCAUCCCCAGCAGAAGGCCGUCCUCGCCAGACUUAGCUGGCAGGGCAGGGAGCGUGCUCACUUUCCACAACAUCUGCUACCGUGUGAAGAUAAAAACUGGGUUCCUGUGCUGUCAAAAAACAGCCACUAAAGAAGUUUUGAGAGAUGUCAAUGGCAUCAUGAGACCUGGACUGAAUGCAAUUUUGGGACCCACUGGCAGUGGUAAAUCUUCGCUACUUGACAUUUUGGCUGCAAGGAAGGAUCCCCAUGGGCUUUCUGGUGACAUUUUGAUCAAUGGAGCUCCUCAGCCUGCCAACUUUAAAUGUACCUCUGGGUACGUAGUACAGGAUGAUGUGGUGAUGGGAACCCUGACUGUAAGAGAAAAUCUGACAUUCUCAGCAGCACUUCGCUUGCCAAAGUCAGUAAAGGAACAGGAAAAAAGAGAACGAGUGAAUCAGAUCAUCAAGGAACUGGGUUUGAGCAAAGUGGCAGAUUCCAAGGUUGGCACCCAGUUCACUCGUGGGGUGUCCGGAGGAGAGCGGAAAAGGACCAAUAUUGGGAUGGAGCUCAUCACGGAUCCUGCCAUCUUGUUUUUGGAUGAGCCAACUACUGGACUUGAUGCCAGCACUGCUAAUGCUGUUCUACUGCUGCUGAAAAGGAUGUCAGAACAAGGAAAAACGAUAAUCUUCUCCAUCCACCAGCCUCGGUACUCCAUAUUCCGACUGUUUGACAACUUGACGCUGCUGGCUGCAGGGAGAGUGCUGUACCAUGGGCCAGCCCAGCAUGCCAUUGGGUACUUCCAGUCCCUUGGCUACCAGUGUGAGCCGUUCAACAACCCUGCUGACUUUUUCCUGGACGUCAUCAAUGGAGACUCCACCGCUGUGGCAAUGAACAAGACUGAUGAGAUUAACACAGCAGAGAGCACUGAAGAACGCACUGAAUAUGAUAAAACCUUGGCUGAGCACUUCGCAGAAAAAUACUCCAGCUCUACCUACUACCGAGAAACAAAAGCACAAUUAGAGAAUAUUUCUUUGGGAAACAAAAAGAAAACCAAAUCAGUUUUCCGACAGAUCACAUAUGCCAAUUCCUUCCUUCAUCAGCUGAAAUGGGUGUCCAGGCGCACGUUUAAAAAUAUGGUACGAAACCCUCAAGCUUCCAUAGCUCAGGUGAGUGUUACGGCUUUUCUGGGACUGGUUGUAGGUGCCCUUUUCUUUGGACUUAAAGAGGACUCCACUGGACUACAGAACAGAGUGGGUGCAAUGUUCUUUCUGACCACCAACCAGUGUUUCAGCAGCAUCUCAGCUAUUGAACUCUUCGUUGAGGAAAAAAAGAUAUUUCUACAUGAAUAUAUCAGUGGGUACUACAGAAUAUCUGCGUAUUUCAUCUCAAAGCUAAUGGCUGAUUUAAUACCCAUAAGGACUCUACCAAGCAUCAUCUUCACCUGUAUAGUUUACUUCAUGUUAGGUUUGAAACCAACAGUAGAAGCCUUCUUUACAAUGAUGUUUACCCUUAUGAUGGUGUCCUACACAGCCACUUCUAUGGCACUAGCCAUUGCAGCAGGACAGAGCGUGGUCGCUGUAGCAAACCUACUCAUGACUAUCACAUUUGUUUUUAUGAUUCUUUUCUCUGGGUUGCUGGUCAAUCUCACAAGUGUCCUGCCCUGGCUCUCCUGGCUCAAAUACUUCAGCAUCCCUCGAUAUGGAAUGACAGCUUUAGAAAUCAAUGAAUUGAAGGGUCUGAACUUCUGUGGCAGCAUUAACACCACAGUUUUAAGCAGCGACAAUAGCUAUCCACAAACGGGCCAGAUAGUGUGUACUGGAGAUGACUACCUGAAAAGUCAAGGCAUCGAUGCGAGUACCUGGGGCCUGUGGCAGAACCACCUGGCACUUGCCUGCAUGUCACUAAUAUUCUUCACCAUUGGGUACCUGAAACUGCACUUCAUGAAGAAGUUCUCUUAAAACCAGAAGAAAAGAUGCAAUUUCCACUCUUCAGGAGUUUGAUGAAACUGACUGUGCAACUGCCUCGAUUAUUUUUUUAAGAGGCCUUCCUUUGUACUUUUAUGAUGACACGUCAAUAAUGUGAAUGCCAUCCUUGUAUGUUAUAUCAAAUACUCACUAUUAAUGUACUUUGCUGAAAUAUCUAGCAAGACUCAGUCCUCCCUGCCAUAAAAAAUCAACUAUUGAUUUCUUCAA